GAUUUUCUGAUGGAAUUGCAGCUUGUUCCUUCACCCACUAUCAUCCAUGAACAGUCUUUGAGGACUUCUCUUUUUCACCUUCUUGCUGUAACCUUCUACCAACCUUGGUCUCAAUGUUCGUAUUCUUGCUCUCCUUCAAUUUAUCGUGGGCGGCCCGAAUCAUAGGUUGGAUUUAGCUUGAGUUUGGAUCGUAUUGGAGAGCGUUUGAGGUACGGACGCACAGCCUGGUGAUCCACCUGUUUAGGACACCCUUUCUGCUAUUCGGAGUGCUCCUCUCUUUCCGGAGCUUAUACUUUUGUGAUGCCUCCGAAAAAGGCGAUGGCCGCCCAGAAGAAAAAGGGCGUAGUAGGAGAGACCAGCCGGGCUCAGAAGGAUACUCGGACCCUUGCUCAGAUGAUGCGUGAUAUUACGUCCCGGCCAGCCGACUCUGCUACGUCUUCAUCGUCAGAGGAGUCUGGAGCAGCUUCACCAUUAGCUCCAGGGGCUCCAGCUCCCGCGCCUCCAGCUCCUCAGCCAGGGGCGGAGGACAGGACACUGAGAGAGGCUUUGCAGUUAUUGACCACUCUGGUAGCGGGACAGGCUCGCAGACGCAGGCGGAGAGAUGAUGAUGAUGACGAUAGGCGUGACAGCCUGAGGGUUCGAGAGUUUCUAUUAUGUGGCCCUCCAGAGUUUUACGGGUCUAAGCCCGACGAGGACCCCCAUGACUUUAUUCGGGGGAUGCGGCGCUCACUAGAUUUGGUCAGGGCUUCAGAGACUGAGUAUGUUGAGUUGGCUUCACAUAGACUACGGGAUGUUGCUGCUCACUGGUAUGAGUCCUGGGAGCUAUCCAGGGGUGAGGGUGCUACCCCAGCUACUUGGGACGAGUUCGUGACUGCUUUCACUCACCACUUUUUUCCCCCAGAGUUACGGCGGGCGCGGGUUGACCGAUUUUUGCAUCUGCAGCAGAGGGGUCGGAGCGUCCGUGAGUAUAAUAUGGAGUUUGAUUCUUUGUCCCAGUAUGCACCUGCCAUAGUAGCAGAUAUGGCCGAUCGGAUGCACAGAUAUGUGAUGGGGUUAGACCGCUAUUUGAUUGAUGGCUGUAUGGCGGUGGCAUUGCAGGCAGACAUGGAUAUUGCCCGACUACAGGCUUAUGCCCUGGGUAUGGAGGACCGACAUAGAGCUGAUUAUUCUAGCAGAGAUCGGGACAGGAGGCCGCCCAAGAGGGCCAGAUUCGCAGGUUAUUCUGGAGAUUCUCCAGGCGGACAGCCUCAGCAGCAGCAGUCAGGCAGACAUCCUCCUCCGUCAGGCCGGGGUACACAACCAGCCGGUAGGAGAUUUGACAGUGCAGGACAGUCUGGGGCCGGUCAGAGCUCCAGAGCAUCAGGUUGGAUUUAGCUUGAGUUUGGAUCGUAUUGGAGAGCGUUUGAGGUACGGACGCACAGCCUGGUGAUCCACCUGUUUAGGACACCCUUUCUGCUAUUCGGAGUGCUCCUCUCUUUCCGGAGCUUAUACUUUUGGUAUAUAUAUUUAUUAGUGCAUUUGUAUAUAUUCGUUCAUGGGUACGGCGGGGCCCUGUCCCGUCAUAUGAUUCUGUCGGUCUGUUUAGAGGUCUGUGGACAUGUUUGUGGGUUAGGGUCUUUCUGUAUUGAUAGGUGUAUAUGUUGUUUGGGCGAUCCCAUACGCCGAGGCGGCCGGUCCGCAUAUGUUUAUACGUUGCUUUGCUAGCCCUGUGUGGCCUUUGUUGGUGUUUGCUGUGUACAGGGUUAUUUUGGAUAGUCUGUAAAACAGAGGAAACUCUGCCAAAAUUUUUCUGGGAAUUGUCUAAAUUUAGAAUAUAGCCUCGUCGGCUUCUGGUAUAUACUUGAAUGCAUUUGAUAGAUGGGUUUGGGUGCCCAGAUCGGGCACUAGUCACGGCCUACGGGGUUGGGUCGUGACACAAGGAGUCUUCAGUGUUUGUGGAGGGGAAGAUGCAGAACAGUUCCCCGGUCUUUGGCUUUAGGCAUUUGAUUUUUCGGGCUGUCGAAGCUUUUGUCAUAACUGCUGCUAUAUGGAAGUUCUCAACUAAAUACUUUUCACAAGUGUGUGUGUGUAGUGUUUUUUGCUGCCACUUUUAGUACUUAGUUCAGAUGCUUAAAUUCUUUGAUGGUCCAACUUAUGAAGUCUCUUAUGGUUAUGGACACUUAGUAAGUGCUCAAAAGUCAAUUCUGGAUCUUUGACGACGUGAAGUGCUCCUCUACUUUGGUUAUCACACUGGCUUGAUUUCGGAUGGAUGUAUAGACCACAUGGUGACAGCAAUAGAGGAUUAAAAUUUGGAAAUUUCGAAGGUUAGUAUGUGUUCCUGUGCACCCAGUUUCUGUGUCUUUUUGGGGCUUGCACUGCAUUCUGGAUAUUGUCUGGUUUCGACAAAAAAGGGGUUUUCAAUCUUGUCUCUAGCAUCUCUAGUGAGUUCUUAGGUGGUAUGGGUUUCGUCAGCUCUGCACGUAACUGUUCCCUUCUUUCGGUGUUUGCAGCCAUUAGGUCUUGUAGAGUGGUGACUUAUUCUUUUUAUGGAGCAGCCAUAUUUGUCCAUUUGUGUUGGAGCUUUCAUUAGGUCAGACUUUUAUGAGUACUGAGAUUUUCAAUUCAGUUUUCUUCCCUAAUCAGGGUGGUUCCCUUCUCUCUUUGUCAGAACUGUUUUUUUCACUAGUGUGUGUUGUAUUCUGCUGCUGCCACUUCUAGUUUUUGAUCUAGAUGCUUGCUUAUGUUUUCUUUGAUGGUCCUGAUGGUUGAUACUUAUGGACAUGUGGUUGAUACUUAUGGACAUUGAUAAGUACUCAAAACUCUAUUCUAGAUCUUCGAUAGCCCCGUAAAGUGUUCUUAUCUUUGGGUGUUCGCGCUGCUUAUCUUCUCUGCUUCCGUUUUCUCUUUCAUGCCAGCUCAAUUAUGUUUGGUGGAUGGACGUGUGCUGACAGUUAGAGGAUUAGAUUUGCAAAUCUCGGAGGUUGGUGUCCAGUGUGUGUUCCUGUGCAUUCUGCUUCUUGGCCAUUUUGGUGCUUGGACUGCGAUCUGCAUAAUAUCAGGGAGUUUUCAAUCUUGUGUGUCAUCUCUAGUGUGAUUUCAUCGGUGGUAUGGGUUUUGCUAGCUUUGCCACUGAACUGUUCCCCUCCUCCAUUGGUCAUGAUAUGCUACAGUACAGCCUAAGGCGUCUUGGAGCUUUCGGUUACAACUUGAUGGCUCCUCGGUCAUGUUUUAAUACCAGCUAUACUUCAUUCGUAUUCCUAAAAUUUGCCCCUUGGUUACAUGGUUUUCUUAUAUUGUUGAUUGAUUAGGCACUCUGAGUAAUAUAAAAGGGAAAUUUUAGGAAGCCAUCCAGCUUCCCUGACAGAGCAGCUUGAUCGCUUUGAAUAAUGCUGCGGCCUUUGCCCCGUCAUACUGCUGAGUAUAGCUCUUCAUCCCACCUGCUACACUUUAUGUGUGGUUUUUGCACUUUUAUGUAUGGCAUGAUUAAC